AAAGUAGGUUUUCAACCCGUGAACAGCUCGGUGGUGUUGUGGUGGUCGGGCGGCUAGGAGAGGAUUUCUACCAAUUAAUAGUCAUGAGUCUGAUCUUAAAGAUACUUAGUUACUUGUGUCUAUGUGCAGGUGUGCAAUGUGUCCACCAGGUGUCAUGGCUGCCCUGUAAGUUCACAGAUGAGCAAGUGUUUAUGAACGACGGUCUCACUGAGACUCAGCACAUCCACAGGGAGGCCAUGCUGCAGUUUGGUCAAGCAGGAGACACUCCUGUUAAUCCACACGCCAUCACUUUCCUGAUCACCGGUUCUAAGUUGGACCUGCGGCUGUUCGUCGAGGAUGCAAAAACGGAGCAGUUGGAGUGCGAGCUGCGGAGGUACAGCACCGGGGGGAUCUACGUCCACUGGCCUUUCAAGGGGGGGCAAGAGUACAACCGCUGGUUCAGCUGCAUUCUCAAACACGACAAGUUCACGGUCACGGGCUUCCUCAGACACCCGUCGGACCAACCGCCCUCAGGACAGCAGGACUACCGCAGCUGGCCCGUCAUCGGGGACAGAGAGACUCUCACCACAUCAGUCGCCAUGGUCAUUAAAACACAGUCUCCGUCAGUGAGAGCCGGCCUGGGCUCCCAACAAAAGCUCCACUGCCAGUUUGCCGUCGACCACAAAGCACCCAACGUGACGGUGGAGUGGCACCGGCAGCAUCGUGGAGAGAGAACUAGACUCUUCAGUUAUAACGGCCGCGCGGGACGGAGCGAGGGCAGCGGCGUCGGGCAGAGGAGCCUAGCGGGCGGGGACGCUUCCUACAGCCUUCCCUUCGCCAAGAUGACGAGCGAAGGGACCUACAUUUGUUCCGUGUCAGUGAUUCCGCUGUUCGUCAGUCUGGAUAUCAGUCUGCACAUCGAAGGUGAGGAAGAGCCCGAUCGCAACCAGGACGGCAACCUCUGGUUCUGAUGAGUGAAGCCGAUG